GAAGGCGGCGGAGGGGGCCCCGAGGGGCCGGCGCUGAAGGACCGACCGACGGCUGACCGACUGCCGGGCCGCUGCCCCCCCCAGGACCUGCCCCCCGCGGGGGGCGGCCCGCAGGGGGCCGGGGUCGGCCCGGAGCCCCCCGCCCCCUCAGCCGGCGGGGGAAGAUGUCUGAGGAGAGGCCCAAGUUCUACCGGCAGGAGCUCAACAAGACGCUGUGGGAGGUGCCCGAGCGCUAUCAGAACUUGUCCCCGGUGGGCUCGGGGGCCUACGGCUCCGUGUGUUCUUCCUAUGACACAAAAACCGGACUCCGAGUGGCAGUUAAGAAGCUGUCCAGGCCGUUUCAGUCUAUCAUCCACGCCAAAAGGACGUAUCGAGAACUACGUCUCCUUAAGCACAUGAAACACGAAAACGUGAUUGGUCUCUUGGAUGUGUUCACACCUGCAAAGUCCCUGGAGGAGUUUAACGAUGUAUACCUGGUGACGCAUCUCAUGGGAGCAGAUCUGAACAACAUUGUGAAAUGUCAAAAACUUACAGAUGACCAUGUACAGUUCCUCAUUUAUCAGAUUCUCCGUGGCCUGAAGUACAUUCAUUCAGCUGACAUCAUACACAGAGAUCUAAAACCUAGCAAUCUAGCUGUAAAUGAAGACUGUGAGCUGAAGAUCUUAGAUUUUGGCCUGGCCCGGCACACUGAUGACGAGAUGACAGGUUACGUGGCCACCAGGUGGUACAGGGCUCCUGAGAUCAUGCUGAACUGGAUGCAUUACAACCAAACAGUUGAUAUUUGGUCAGUGGGCUGCAUAAUGGCCGAGCUUUUGACUGGAAGAACGUUGUUUCCGGGAACAGACCAUAUUAACCAGCUUCAGCAGAUCAUGCGCCUGACGGGGACACCCCCUGCCUAUCUCAUUAACAGGAUGCCCAGCCACGAGGCCAGAAACUACAUUCAGUCUUUGACUCAAAUGCCGAAGAUGAACUUCGCAAAUGUGUUUAUCGGUGCCAAUCCCCUCGCGGUCGACUUGCUGGAAAAGAUGCUGGUGCUGGACUCCGAUAAGAGGAUCACGGCGGCCCAAGCCCUAGCCCACAGCUACUUCGCUCAGUAUCACGACCCUGACGACGAGCCCGUCGCCGAUCCCUACGAUCAGUCCUUUGAGAGCCGGGAGCUCCUGAUAGAGGAAUGGAAAAGCCUGACCUACGAUGAAGUCGUCAGCUUUGUGCCUCCGCCGCUCGACCAAGAAGAGAUGGAGUCCUGAGAACCCAGUUCCGCUCUGUUGUUUUUUCCCUUCACUGUGAGGAGAAGGCCUUUUCACAGGGACUCUCCAAAUAUUCAAGUGCCUCUUGUUGCAAAGAUUCUCCGUGGGCAGGGAGGGAGGGGCGUGUGGAUGGAUGUGUGUGUGUGUGUGUGUGUUGUGGGUGUGCCCGGGUGGAGUGGGAGGGGGGCGGGGGGGAUGAGGGAGCUAUUUAUACAGUGACUUUGUGCAAACAUGCUGUAUUCUGCAUACAGCUGGGGACGAGCCACUGAAGCUCUGAAACGGCCUUGGUGAUAGCCCCUCAGUGAGAUCACGAGGCCAACCAGCCAAACUGGGGGAGGGGGGGUGGUUUCCUAGGGCCUGGCAGGUGUUCUGCAAAGUAAAAUUGAAAAAAAUCAAAUACAAAGCACAUCCCGGGCUCCCCGUCGCCCCAUGACAAUUAAUGGAAACGCCCUGCUAGGAGGCCACAUCCCAGAUGGCACGGGGCAGUGGCCACUGGGCAAGGAGUCGUCGUGGAUCGCCAGGCCAGCCCCGGCCACCUUGAGCGUGAAGCCCCGCGCCUCGGCCCAACACGGGAUCCGCGUCUUAGUCUGAGUCUCGGAAGGUGUGACCGGUUUGUCUAAACCUGUAAAUAUGUCCGUGCCUUACGUUGGAGAGGAGGAAGUCGGGAGUUAACGUCCGGCAGACUGGUGUUGGGGGGUCGCUGGAGCAGAGAGGGCUACCAGCAUGGCCACCUGGGAAUCCGUGAUAACAAACGAGCCUUGAAAAGCAGCAGGCGGGUGGGGGGGGGGUGCGUGUCUGUUGGCGUGUGUGCCCGUGUGUGAGUGUCCCGAAGUUAAGCGCUGCCAUCUUCUCUCUCCGCGGUUCCCUCCGCGUCAGCCCCGGCAGGCGAGAGCGGGUUCCGCCUCGGGAUCGGACCCCAGCCGGCGGUCUGCAUUGUGUAUGUGCUCUUUAUUCCUUUUUGCGAUGAGGGUGUUUUUUGCAUGUCUCGCUGUUUGUGCAUGCAGCUACUUGUCGAGGUGUCUGGGGGGCGUGGGGAAGAAGGGGGUGCCCCGGCACCUGGAGAGCUGGUCCGGGACGGCUUGGGCCCUGCCCGUCCCCAGCCGAUACCGUAGGAAAGUCCGUUUUCUCUCGAGUCUCCCGGUCCUCCUCAGUGUGAACAUACUUGAUAUUCUGGGUGCGUCCGUUGUGAAAACAGUGAAGCGAUGGAACAGAUGAUCUCUCUUCCUUUUUGUCAUCCUGCUUUUUCGAGAAACUCUUUUGUGAACUAAGGGGGGAAUGUUUAGGGUCCUUCAGAGGAACAUCCCAAUUCCUGAAAAACAGAAGUGGGGGUCUCUUCGUAUCUCUCCCUCUCUCUUUUUCCUCCCUCUUCUUCCCCCACCAGCAAAAAAAACCACAACAAAAAAAACCACCAGUUCCUGGAUGUACUGAGAACAAAAGCGGAAGGAAAAAAAGUGACAUGAAGCCAGAAACUCCUUUUGCCGUCCAUGAUGUGUGGAUAGAAAAUAGUUCCCGGUGUGACUUUAUCUUCUAGAGAAGGAUUUUCUUGGCAGUGUUGAGUUUACUUUCGCCUGGAAAAUGGAUGAGAGAGUGGGCUUGGGAAGAAAUCUAUUUGGUUUCAGUAUUUUGUGUAUCCCAGGGAGCCUUUAUGACCGUGAUUCCUCUUGGGGGAUGGAGGGGUUGGCUGUUUCAGUAUUUCGUAUAUUCUAUCACACAGAGCAAAAGUAUCCCUCGUCGAGGGAUUAGGGGUGAGGUGUUUUUCCUAUAUCGCAGCCCCUCCUCCCCCCACCUCCCUCCCUCCGUGCUGCUUACAGGCCUGCUCAUUCUAGCAUUGUCUGAGUCCUGGAAGACCGGGCCAUCUCCAGUAUCAAAUCGGGCAAGAUCUGGUCUCAGUCACCGGCAGGAGUUCCCGCCCCGGCGAUGGGAGACGGUCCCCGAGCUAGCAGGAGAAAUGGAGGAAGGAGGCGAGAAGCAGGAAGAUUGGGAAAGUCUCCUCUCUCUUUGAAAGAACCCUCCCUCUGACCUGGAGACCCAGCCCCAGCGCGGCAUUUGGAAAUAUAGACCCUCUAGGACCCUGCAGCGACUGAUUUGUCAGCCGUAUUGGGUUUAAGCGCUAGUGUGACUUCACGUGGAAAUGUGACUCUGUUUCGCGGGAGAACUCUUUUUAGACUUGGGUCUCCAACUCGGUGCCCUGGGUGUGGGAGCACCCCAGACCCCCGGACUUGCACUGAGCUAAUGGGGUAACCCCGUGGCUUCUGGGCACCGCUGCUCCUCUCACCUGGGUCCUCCAAACGAGACGCCACGAAGAGAGAGAGCAAGAGAAACUGCUAUUUUACUUGUAUCCAUGAACUUUGCUGUAUUCAUUUAUGCCAAAUAGGAUGUCCCACAAUACCACUGGUUAAAAUAAAGCCUAUUUUUCAAAUGUAA